UAUUUUGAUUUCCAAACUAUCAUGAAUUUAAUCUUGAUUGUCAUUUAAAAAAAAGGAAAAAAUAGAGCUAAUGAACGGUUCAGAUCUCACCUACGAGAACCUUAUUUUUUAUUGCCACCGCGGUUAACCGCAACUAACCGCUAAUCAUUUACGUUACGAUCUCAAUUUGUUAUUCUUUUCUUACUCCAUUGCUGCUAACCGCGUUAUUCGAUGUUGUUAACCAUAGCUUAACGAAGAGUAUGGAAACAUAGUUUGAUACAGUGAACUUUUAGUCCUUAUUCCAGUUAUACAGCCAUGCAAAUUUGUAAAUUGCGUUAGGAUUUGGUGGUCAAAGUUAGGGCUGCUAGAAUGGGUUCUGUUUAACCGAACCAUUAAAAACUCCAUAACAAGUGUUUUUAAUGGUUAUUAACAGAUAUGUUCUAGUCGAUUUUAGUUUGAUUAACAUCAAAUCCGUCGACACCCAAAUGGCCAAAUACACGAACAAAAUAGGUUCACGUUUCAAACGAUUGUCCGUUCCUCCAGACCAAAGCCGAACCUUCAAGGAUCCUUAACAAUUUCACUUCAAAUAUAGUGUAAAUUCGGACUAUCGGUUUUGGUUUUAUAAUUAGUGGUGCGGUUCGGGUCCCUACAGUUUUAUGACCCCCUACCCGUUAAUGAAUUGCCAAGUUUCUAAGCUGAUGGAAACAUGUAGAGAUUAGUAUUGCUCAUACGUUUGAGUUUGGAGAUAUUUAUGUGGAUGCAGCUGAAAGAACGUGCGACGGAUGCAUUCUAAUUCAUGAGGAUGGUGACUGCAGAGACGUGGGGAUGGAUGGAUUCGUUUCUGUUGAAAGGAGGGCCGGGCCUGGUUUUUGUGAAAGCAGGAAGUGCCCUUUAACUUGGGACGUUUGGCUUUGGUGGGGGAGUGGGGGACUACUGCAAAUAGAUAGAACAUAUCUGUAUUUUUCAGGGACCCCAAAUGAACCAAAGAAUAACCCUUCCCCCUCUUCUUAAUAUACAUGUUACAUUCGAAGCCAGUUACCACACUUCUUCCCGACUACAAAGUUCAUUUGACAACUCAAUCCCUAGAAACUGUUGAUAUGAGUUGAAUCAGAUUAUCUGUCGUCGACUUGAAUCGGAUUAUCUGUUGAUAUGAUUUGUACACAUUUGGGCUUCUGUGCUGGACCUGAUAUGUAAUCUUAUUAUUUACCAUAUUGGAUUAGAACGUUGGAGAUAAUAAUGUACUAUAUAUACUUCUCAUGGGUUUUCUCCAGCGAACCAUGGCAUUUAAGGAAUGACAUGUGCUACUUGAGGAAAUGGGAGUCGGGUAUCAGAGCUGAACAACCUCGACCUACGAUUUCGAUUUGGCUACGUAUUCUUGACCUGUCUCUAGAACACGUAACGGAGAGGAUUCUUACGCGUCUAGCAAGCAUGAUAAGGCGCCCUCUCUGGUUUGAUAAGUCCAGUCGACUAGGGCAAAGGCUUGGGUAUCCAAGAGUCUGUGUUGAGAUGGGCGUUGAUUCUGUUUUUCCGGAUUCGUUGAGGCUGGUCCCUGAUCGUCGCCCUGCCUACAAUGUUAACAUCGAAUUCUGCAAUAAACCAGAACUUUGUAAGAAAUGUAGUAGGUUAGGUCACGAUUGUGAGAAGGUGGAGCUAGUUACUCCGGAGAAGGAGGAGGGAGAGAUGGAAGGCAGAAUGUGGUUGAAGAAGUCGUUGAGAAUGUGGAAAUAGUUUAGGUAGAAGUAACUGAGAGUAGUGCAACCAGUGGGAGUAUUGAAGUGGAGAUUACCUUUGCUGACAAUGUAGCGGGAAUGCAGAAAGAUGUGAGUGAUUCACUUUGUGCAAAUGUAAUUCAGGAGGAAGCAGGGUUGAAGAAGGCAAUAGAGAAUUUGGUUACAUCUUUGACUAUGGGAUCUGUUUGGCAGGGAUGUAAUCUCCCCUCUGACAAAGAGUUUCAGCAGGCAGUUGAAGUUUAUCAUCUUCCCUCUAAUAACUAUAUUGAUGCUCUAGCUUCUCUGACUUAGUUUGAAGUAGGAGAGAUUGCAGUCUCACCACUAAAUGAUCCUGUCCAUUUCCCUGCAUUAGGUGGUCAGUAAAAGAAGAAGGGUAAACCAGGUCGGCCUCCGAAGGGGGCAAAAACUAGCAUCAAGUAAUGAAUGUCCUUGUUUGGA